UUUCCGAGUUUAAACUCAGUGCCUGAAGGCAUCGCUGGGCCCUGUGACGUCAGCAGCUCCACUGCGCUCCCUCCAGCAGCCAGUCAGAGAAGUGAUGCUCUGAACGCUAGACUGCAGCAUCUUUACCAGCGACACACCGAGCAGCAGAUAUAUCUUUCUCUGUGUUCGUGCGUGUUCGUCUUCACCCACACCCCGUCCUCCCUGGGUGUCUUCAGGAGCCGAACCCCGGACCGGAUAACACCAAAUAUCAACCUGACUUUUUCCCCCUAUCGGAUUUUUUCACCCCUUCUUCUGCUUUUAUUCUUGCUCCACCAGCCGUUCACUCUCCUCGUUUGAUUCCAGCUCUUUGUCUUUCGGUUUGUGAUUUUUGUUUUUUUGUUUUAUUUAUUGUUCCGUGCCGCUGUGUAGCAGAGGAGCGCCACCAUCCUUCGCCGCUUGACAUGAGUGCGCUCUUUUAUCCGGUCGCAGCGGAAUGACACACAAUCGUAGCCCGCAUAUCCCAGAGUUGAUGGAAGAUUGACGCUUCUGCGUUUUUAGUCGACCAGAAGAUUAUCCAGCUGCACUGCUUUCGGAUUUUCUCUCCACUUAGAGCUGAUCAUCCGCUGCUUUCUGUCCCUGCGCAGCAUCUCUCUCUCUCUCUCUCUCUCUCUCACUGUACGCACGGCGCACCACCGAGAAACGCGCAGCUCAGCUCUCCGUAAGAAACAGGCGUAUUUUCCUAUUCCUAAACCUUCUUCGCCUCAAGGUCUUGUCUGUACGGCUACGCUGCGUAAAGAUAACGGAAAAGGGGGGGAAUUGAACGCAAACGCAGCCCAAGCAUCCAACAGCAAGCUCGAAAAUGAUGGCCGGCGGUGCUGUACAGCAAAACGGGAUUUUUUCAAAUCCUCACCAUCACAGUCAGCAACCACACAUGGAGUCCGACCCACCAGACUCGCGCAAAAGACCUCUGGAGACGCCGACGGAGGCUAGCAGCACCAAACGCACAAACACGGGAGUGGCCUUCCUGCAGCCCCUAUUUGAAACUGAAGGCAUUGUAUUCCCUCACCAAGAAACUGAGACUCAUGAGGAAGGCGAGUACUUCCUGAAGGUUUUGAUUCCCAGCUAUGCGGCCGGUUCGAUCAUCGGGAAGGGAGGCCAGACCAUCGUCCAGCUGCAGAAAGAGACUGGAGCCACAAUCAAACUGUCCAAAUCCAAAGACUUCUACCCUGGAACGACAGAGCGGGUGUGUCUGAUCCAGGGGACGGUCGAGGCACUGAAUGGCGUCCACGACUUCAUCGCUGAGAAGGUGAGGGAAAUGCCUCAGAGCACCCAGAAGACAGAGCCGGUCAGCAUCCUGCAGCCACAGACCACCGUCAACCCAGACCGCGUCAAACAGGCCAAGCUGAUAGUUCCCAACAGCACAGCAGGGUUGAUCAUUGGUAAAGGUGGAGCCACAGUCAAGGCAGUGAUGGAGCAGUCAGGCGCGUGGGUGCAGCUGUCCCAAAAGCCAGAGGGAAUCAACCUGCAGGAACGUGUGGUCACCAUCAGCGGAGAGCCAGAGCAGAACCGCAAAGCUGUGGAAAUCAUUGUCCAGAAGAUUCAAGAAGACCCCCAGAGCUCCUCCUGUCUCAAUAUCUCCUACUCCAACAUCACAGGGCCCGUCGCCAACUCCAACCCUACCGGCUCUCCAUACGCCAACUCCACUGAGGUCAUGCCAGCGGCCGCAGCUGCCGCAGCAGCUACUGCCUCCUCGCUGCUCGGUCAGGCCGGUCUUGCAGGAGUGGGAGCCUUCCCAGCUACAAUGUCCAGCCUCUCAGGCAACGACCUGCUGGCUAUCACGUCCGCCCUCAAUACUCUGGCCAGCUACGGCUACAACACCAAUUCCCUGGGCCUCGGGCUUAACCCUGCCGCGGCUUCAGGGGUGUUAGCUGCCGUAGCAGCUAAUGCUAAUCCAGCAGCAGCUGCUGCAGCCAAUUUGUUAGCAUCCUACGCCAGCGAUGCAUCCACAAGCGCCGCUCACCCAGCAGCCGGUCUCGGAGGCUUCUCCCUAGGAUCCCUGGCUGCAGCCACAGGAGCCACUAAUGGUUACUUAAGCGCCGCUUCACCGCUGGUGGCAUCGUCUCUGCUGGCCACGGAGAAGCUCGCAGAAGGAGCAAAGGAAAUCGUAGAGAUCGCUGUGCCAGAAAACCUGGUGGGGGCAAUCUUGGGAAAAGGAGGGAAAACACUAGUGGAGUACCAGGAGCUGACUGGAGCCAGGAUCCAGAUCUCCAAGAAGGGCGAGUUCAUCCCGGGAACUCGGAACAGGAAGGUCACCAUCACAGGUUCCCAGGCUGCCACGCAGGCAGCACAGUAUCUGAUCAGUCAGAGGAUCACCUACGAGCAGGGGGUACGGGCCACCAACCCACAGAAGGUGGGCUAAACCUCAAAACCAAUGAGAAACAAGGAGGAAAAGAGGAAAAAAUGAGUGGGGGCUUGGGGGAGGAGUAUAAAAAAGAGAGUGAGAAUGGAAAAAAGGAGAGGAGAGCAAGAAAGAAAGUCCAUGACAUUAUCUUCUGCGUGUUUUCAGUAUUCUUUAUUAAAAAAAAAAAGUUUUUGACACAAAGUAAGAGUGUGCUGAGAAGACGAGGAGGGAGGGGAGUGAGUUAUCACACUGAACAACCAAGAAAAAAUGUGUAAAAUGUAAAUAAGGUUUUAUUACUUAAAGUCUUGAUGUUUUGGGGAUUUUUAUUGUUUUGUUGUUUCCUUUUCUGUUUUGUUUUUCCGUAAAUUAAGCUGUCUUUUCGUUUGUUUGUGUAUUUGUGGACAAAGCUGAAUGCCAUGUAGACGGGCUGCCUGCCUGACAGGCUGCAGGAAGCAUGAGGCAGGAGGGAAGGGCAGAGGCAUGGAGAGGGGUCAGGAAGAAGGGUUGGCAUAAAAGGGUACGACCCUCGAUCCAACUCCCCCUGUGAAACAGCUCAUUCCCUUCCCUCCCCCUGCAGCCUACGUCGAUCACCUUGCAUAGAGUUUUUUUUUCCGUUUUUUUUUCUAGUCCUGACUCCCUAUGCCCCACACGCCCUCUUGCCCCGUCACUAUUUGCCCCUUUGCCCCCACUCCCAACUGCCCUAGGGGGCUUUACAAGUAAGACUAUAAUCUUAGCUAAGAUGUGAGAAAGGAAACAUCCUCUGAUUGUCUCCCCUAACUUUAAUCUCACUCACCUCCUUCUCUCCCCCCUUCUUGAAUAGUAUGGGAGGCAGAGAUUAAAUUUGGGGAGGUAAAAAGAAAUCGUGGGUGUUUCUUGGUGUAUGCAGACCAACUCUGUAUAUCCUGUGAUGUACCACGCGAGCAGUGCAGCACAGCAGGGGUGUGACCACACGUGGCCCCUUUUAUAUUUGAAACGUCCAGCCACACGCUGAUGACCUCACGUAGAGCAAAACAUAGAAUAGUGAUACUGUGCAAAGCGCAAUACACAGGAUCCACGACAUUGACACUGUCAUCAAAGAUGAUUACAGUAGGUAUUAUCUCCAUCAUCAUUAUUUAUUAAGGUGUCGGCCCAUUUGAAGCCUAGCUGUUUUUAAAUCUGUGAAUUCAGGUUGACAUGAAUGUAAAUGAGACUAUUUUUGAUUUGUUUUAAUUUAAAUGGAUUGCAGAUGAAUAGCAAUGUCACAUAGUGUAAUAUAUGUCUUAUUUAAGUCCAGCGAGGAAGCCGCCCCCAGGCAUUAAGAUCAAUAAGAAUCACUUUAUAUAUCCAGGAACAGAGCAGAAGAAGGGCAACAUCCACACAUCCACACACACUGAAAACACUAUGAUGCCAUAUUUGGUGCUAAGACAAAAGGGAUUUGACCAUAUCUUUUGAUGCAGACUGCAGUGAGACCUGACGAUAAACACUAAGUAUCUGUAAACCACUCACAUCCACAGGCUGCAGUGCAGCAUUUAGCAGCUAAAAUAACCUCUAAUGCCUCAUCCUGGUAUGCUCGGCUCUCCUCCUGCCCCCAGAAUAUCCUCGGUGUGUUUUGCCUGUAGUCAGAUGCCAGUCAUGCCAGUUUCCCACUACGUAAAAGUGUAACUGAAAUGAAUAAUUGAGUUGACCUGAGACCAAUUCUCAGAUGAAUUGCUGCUGCUUAGCCUGUGGUAUUUUAAACCCUCUACGAACGAACCUGAACCACAGACGAGGUUUAGCGAGAGCACUUAAAGACUCACGACGUACUACUGAGAAAUGCAAACAGGAUGUAAGAGAAAACACUGAAAUGCGAUGAGGAAGCAGCUUUUGUCAAGAUACGCUGCCAAUUCCAUAGGCCUCACUUGGAGAUUUGCUUUCUAGAGGCAACAUGGAGAAAGAAAAUGAGGAGAUAAAUUACCUAAGUGAUGUUUGCCCCUAUGAAGCAACCAUUCAAUAAAAGAUGAGGUAAAAGGCAGAGAGAGUUUCUGUAAACAUUAAACUAGAUGAGCUUGUUUCUGCCUCUGGCAAACUGCAGGUUUUCUACAGCAGCAGAUAUUCUGGCCACUAGACCCAGGAGGUUGCUGAAGAUGCUGUUGUUGUUUUUUUUUCGUUGUUGUUCAUUUUUGUUUAUGUAUUAUUUUUAUUUUUUUUUACAAUCUGAGUACACUGAAUUUUUUUUGUCUUAAUGCACUGUGAAGCGGGGGAGUGAUUCUCUCGGCCUAUGAGGUCAGGGAUGUGUGUUACUGUAGACAGCAUCAUGAUUGAAUGGCUUUUGUAUGGCAGGGAUAUAAAAAAAAACACAUAUAUGAAAUAUAUGUAGAAUGCAUAUGAAGAACUUCACCAGAAAUGCACAUCAUAUCAGUAAAAGUGAGAGAGCCAAUAGAGACUAGGUCGAUUAAGGAGAUCAAUCAAUGGAGGUCAGGAGUUGAGGUCAAUUCGAUUCUUUUCACUUCGCAGACAGACACAUUUCUGUGUGGGAGCGACAUGGGUGCGAAACGGACUGAAAACUGAAAUCCACAAUGGGUUUUUGCACAGUUUCUGUGUGCAACCAAUUCGUAUGCGGGUUAAGGGCAACUGGUAAAGAAUAUUUUCCCAUCAUAUGCCCCUCCCCGUACGCCACCCAGUGCCCACUAGUAUCCAUGUAGCCCAAGUAACACAUGUGGACCCUACACAGAUGCUGCUGGUAUUUGGUAGUCAGAGGGCUGCAUGUUUGGGUGUCCAGCAGAAAAUUAAAUGAACUUCAAAUAGUAACACCUUUUCUCUAUAAAGUAAAAAAACCCUGCACAUUGAUUAAGUAAAUAUCUGGACAGAAACUCAGCAUGGGUCAAAGUAUGAAGGAAUGUGAAACCAAAUAUAAGGUGGGGUGCAUUUGAGUUAAUGCCCUAAAGCGUCUGGGGGCUUCAAAAAUCGAAAAAUUGUAAAAGAAAAAAAAAAGACUUCUUGAUUAUUUUGAAACCAACCCAAAUUCAAAAUCCUCCACUGUGCUUUCCAAUGUGGCUCUCUGUCGAAGCGCCAGUGAGGGUUUAUCUCCAUCGCUUGGUAAGGAGGCUUCUUUACUCCCAUCUAACACCAUUCACACUCUCCUCACCCUUCCUCACAGCCGUCCUCAGUCCUCUAAUGCACUCCCAUCCUGACACACCCUCUCCUCAAACCACAUUGCUCCAUGGGUGACUAUGUCUGGUGUUUACGAUCACUGCAUGUCUACUGCUUGGCCCUGACAAACACCACAGAUUCAGUGUCUGUGCCUCCUCAGGCAGCUGAGGCUC